AGUCGCUUCCGCAAAAGGGCAGGCGGCAAAAUGCAGGAUAAUAGCGGAAGGACCAAAUCAUGUAAAUAUUUUGUUCAAAGUGCUCCUGAGGGAACAAAUGGCAGCAGCCGCGGACACGUUUGACGGGAAAAUGGCCUCGUACGACGAACAACUUUGUCGAGCAGGAGAAGAGAACGCCAUACGACGUCGACGACUGGAAGCCGACAAUAAGCGACGAGACGUCCAGCAGCGGAUUGGACGCCAAGGAAAAUGUCCCUCUCAGCCGCAGGAGGAUCCACAGCCACCCCACACUAAAGAGGAAGAGGGGGGACUUUGGCUCACUCAGGAGGGAAAGCAUCUUCUUGGGCUGGAUGAGGCCGAUCUGACUAUUGUGUCUGUGAAGAGCGAAGACGACAAAGACGAAUCGCAAGCAGACCGCCUCUUCGCUCCGCAAUCAGAUAGUGGCAACACAACACCUGAGGAUGAAGACAGGGGCGACGCCCAAGAACCGUUAGGCAGCGAUACGGACCAUGAAGGGGAUAUGAGGAGCGACGCCAACAACAAACUCUCCAAAAAGGAGACGGACGUCCAGCAGCUGAUUGGCCGUCAAGAAGAACGUCCCCCUCAGUCGCAGGGAAAGGGCUCCACUUUGAAACCGGUGGAUCCACAACCCCCCCACCUCAAAGAGGAAGAGGAGGAACGCUGGAUCACUCGGGAUGAAGAGUGUCUGCGAGGUCCGGAGGACGCUGACCUGACAGUUGUCUCUGUGAAGACGGAAGAUGAUGAAGACAAACUACAAGCACACAACUUCUUAGCUCCACUAUCAGAUAGUGAGGCUGAAGAUGGGGUUGGAGAUGCUUUAAGCACCGAUACAGACUGUGAAGGUGAUGUGAGGACUCACACUGAUAACAAACACCCUGAAUGCUCUAAUAAGGACACGGGUAAAAAACGUUUCGCCUGCUCAGUUUGCGGUGAAAGUUAUUCGUAUAAGUGCAAUUUGACUCUACACCUGCGAACGCACACGGGAGAAAAACCUUUUCGCUGCUCGAUUUGCGGUGAAGGAUUCAUCCAGAAGGUGGCUUUGAUUGCGCACACGACGACGCACACAGGAGAAAAACCUUUCACUUGCUCAAUUUGCGGUAAAAGCUUUUCCUAUAAGAGUAACUUGAACGCGCACGCGCGGACACACAGUGAGAAACCAUUCGGUUGUUCAGUUUGCGACAAAAGAUUCGCUCAAAAAGUGAACAUGGAAUCACACAUGAGAACGCACACAGGAGAAAAACCUUUUAGCUGCUCGGUUUGCGGUAGAAAGUUCUCUCACAAGGCAAAUAUGGUAACACACGUGCGGAUACACACGGGUGAAAAACCUUUCACUUGUUCGGUGUGUGGGGAAGGUUUUGCUCAAAGGGUGGCUUUAGUAGCACACACAAACGCACACACGGGAGAAACGCCCUUUGCUUGCUCCGUUUGCGGUAAAACGUUCUUACAAAAGGCAAACAUGGUAUCCCACAUGAAAACGCACACGGGCGAAAAACCUUUCACAUGCUCGGUGUGCGGCGACAGCUUUGCGCAGAAGAUCACUCUGAUUGCGCACACCAGAACGCACACAGGUGAAAAACCUUUCAGUUGUUCCUUUUGCGCCAAGGAAUUCUCUCAAAAGUCAAACAUGGUGUCGCACAUUCGAAUACACACGGGGGAGAAACCUUUCACUUGCUCGGUCUGUGGCGACAGCUUCGCUCAGAAGGUGUCUUUGGUCGUACACGGACGAAUCCAUACGGGGGAAAAACCCUUCAGUUGUUCGGUUUGCGGGAAAAGAUUUUUUCAGAAGGCAAAUAUGGCGACACACAUGAGAACACACACAGGGGAAACCACUUUCAGUUGCUCGGUGUGUGGGAAAGGCUACUCUCACAAGUCCACGUUGAUGGCGCACAUGCAGACACACAGCGGGGAAUAAAAACCUAUUCCCAGCGCUUAUUACUAACAGUAUUCUCUCCAGUGUAAUGAUGAAUGCACUGAUUCAUAUAUUGGGGAAACAAAACAACCACUAAGCCGACAUAUGGCACAGCAUAGAAGGGCAAACUCUUCCGGCCAAGAUUCAGCUGUCUACCUGCACCUCAGGGAGAAACGGCACUCUUUUGAGAACAAAAAUGUACGGAUUCUGAACAGGGAGGACGGCUGGUACAAAAGAGGAGUGAGGGAAGGUUGAAAACCCAUCCCUGAACAAAGGAGGAGGUCUGCGACACCACCAGUCUCCCACAUACAACACUGUGCUUUCAACCAUUCUUAAAAGACUCCUAAUUUAGCCUCUAUCAAAUAACAGGAGUUAGAAACAUUGAUUGACAGUGGGAUGGCUCACUUGCAUCAAAACAGUUGGUUUUUUUUUAACUACCAGGGGGCAAAACCAUCCUUGCCCAUGCAGGCACACCCUCCUGGUUUUUGGAGCACCGGCCGCAAGACCAGAUCUGACCAAUCUUAGUCUAUGAGCAUGAACUGUUGAAAUCUACUUGGAUGAGAGGCGAAACAUUAUUAUUAGGGGUGUAACGGUACACAAAAAUUUGGGUUCGGUACGUACACUACCGUUCAAAAGUUUGGGGUCACCCAAACAAUUUUGUGGAGUAGCCUUCAUUUCUAAGAACAAGAAUAGACUGUCGAGUUUCAGAUGAAAGUUCUCUUUUUCUGGCCAUUUUGAGCGUUUAAUUGACCCCACAAAUGUGAUGCUCCAGAAACUCAAUCUGCUCAAAGGAAGGUCAGUUUUGUAGCUUCUGUAACGAGCUAAACUGUUUUCAGAUGUGUGAACAUGAUUGCACAAGGGUUUUCUAAUCAUCAAUUAGCCUUCUGAGCUAAUGAGCAAACACAUUGUACCAUUAGAACACUGGAGUGAUAGUUGCUGGAAAUGGGCCUCUAUACACCUAUGUAGAUAUUGCACCAAAAACCAGACAUUUGCAGCUAGAAUAGUCAUUUACCACAUUAGCAAUGUAUAGAGUGUAUUUCUUUCAAGUUAAGACUAGUUUAAAGUUAUCUUCAUUGAAAAGUACAGUGCUUUUCUCUCAAAAAUAAGGACAUUUCAAUGUGACCCCAAACUUUUGAACGGUAGUGUACCUCGGUUUAGAGGUCACGGUUCGGUUCAUUUUCGGUACAGUAAGAAAACAACAAAAUGUAAAUUUUUUGCUUAUUUAUUUACCAAAUUUGCAAAAUCUUCCACCAAAAAUAUUUUUCUUAGUGGAAUAUUUGAUGUGAAGUAAUGGGAACCUUGGAUAGGUCAAUAAUUCAUAAUAACAUUGAUUUUGAUUCAAUAUUAUGUUUUGAGCAAUGACAGUUUGAAAGAGGAAAAAAAACAGCUUUGUAUUAUUAGUCAACAUUGCAACUUUUUCUAAAUUACAUUUAACCUUUAAGCUUUUUUAUUUCACUUUUGUUAUGUUUUUGUUUAUUUUAAUAGUAUUUUUAGAAUGUGCUGUGGGCCUUUAAAACAUUAGCUGUGGGCCGCAAAUGGCCUCCGGGGCACACUUUUGACACCCCUGCUAUAGAUAAUAAAAAAUUAAAUGUGAUAAAUCUAUGGAUAAAAAGCAGAGCCUGGCGACACAUGCGCGUUUAUCAUAACUCUCUCGCUCUCUCUCUCUCUGCCCCUCCCUCACCAAUGCUGCUGGGCGCACAAUUUGUUUUGUUUUUAACCCCUUCUUAACCCUGAACGUACAUUAAAAUACACGCAACCCUAACUCAAAAUGCCGGACAUUUUGAGGCAUUUAAGAAACUCCGCCCUGACAGCUCCGCAAAAGAGGACAUGUCCGGUGAAAAGAGGACGUAUGGUUAGUCUAUCGUAGCCCGUUAGCUGCUAGCAUCCCGUGUGUUGUGCCUCGGUGUGCAUUGUUUACACAACGUGCGUUACGCUACUUAAUAUGUCCGUGUGGAAACUCGUUCGGUACACCUCCGAACCGAACCGAAACCCCCGUACCGAAACGGUUCAAUACAAAUACAUGUACCGUUACACCCCUAAUUAUUAUUAUUAUUCUUUUUAUUAAAUUUUAUUUCCUAAAAUCUUGCACUCUUUCACACUUCUUGAUUACCUCUCGAGGAACUCUGCGGAAAAUUUUAUUAUUUUCGUGAUUUGAACGGUUCCAACAGCUAAAAACAACGCAAGCGUAGGCCAUUUUUCUUCGAAAAAGGCAAAGUGUCGCCCAUAGUGCUAUGACAACACACAUACAGAAUACAACCUAUUGGACUUUUUUUGUGUAUUUUUAAACAAAUCAAAUGCAAUUUAAAGGGAUCGACAGGUCGAUUAAACAACAACAUGGACAGUAAGAGAGUAAGAAAGAGGUAAUAAAGCCAGGGAAAGAGUGGGAACCCAGAGUGUGUUGGCUUUGUUGUAGCCAGGUCUUACAGUGCAGCAAUGUCUCCCUCUGCUGGCCAUUGUGGAAACAGUCGCUUUGCUUCGAAAAAUAAUGACGCAGUCUUCAUACAGAUGCUCCUAGGAGUUAGCAUGUAGUCCUAAAUCUGUUUAGUAUAGCCUGCUUUUUAUAAUAAUAUAAACACCACAGUAUAUGCUUUCAUUUGUUGCCAGGAAUAUGAAAAAAAAAACUUGCAAAAGUCUAUGAUGAAAACUGACAUAAUCAUGGUGUAUUGUGAUUGGUCCCUUUUAAUGCAUAUUAUAAUGUCACUGUACUUAUAACACAAUAACUUUUUGAUUAUUGUCUUCUUUAUCGUCUUUAUUGUUGCUGUAAAUACUCAAAUUGUAUGUUUGUGUUGCGAACAUUUUUGCAAUAAAAAAGUUGUAGACGUC